AUAGCUUUGAUACUUGAUCAUUUCACUUUUGGAUAUCGGGGUCAGAAGAACUGUGUUGUACAUAGUAUGUCAAGCAGUCUUCACAGAUAUGUCCAUAUAGGUAGUCGGACACCAACAAAUACUGAAGGAAUGUAUGCAAGUUCUGUUUAUCGUGCUAUUGGUAUAGAUCAUAGUUUGGACUUGGAAACUUUUCUUAAUCAGUUGCAGUUGCGGUUGGUCAAGAACUCCGAAGAAGAGAUAAUAUUGGAACUAGUUGGUGUAGCUGCUCCUUUGAUAAAUGCGUUGAGAAGAAUUCUCUUUGCGGAAGUACCUACCAUGGCCAUAGAAUAUGUUCUUAUCAGUGACAAUACGAGUGUGAUUCACGACGAAAUAUUGGCUCAUCGUUUAGGCUUAAUUCCUAUUCAAGCAGACCCAGACGGCUUUCAAGACUAUCGUAAAGGAGAAGAACCUCGUGAAAACAACACCAUUGUAUUGAAACUCCAAGUAGAGUGCAAACAGAAUCCUCAAGCAAGACCUGGAGCAGAACCAGAAGAGUUGUAUAUCAACAGCAAUGUCUAUUCCAGAGACUUGGUUUGGGAACCUUUGGGUAAUCAGUUGGAAAAGUUUGGAAAGAAUGGAAUACGUCCUGUCUCGGAGGAUAUAUUGAUUGCAAAGUUGAGACCCAAACAACGAAUAGAAUUGGAAGCUCGAUGUAUAAAAGGAAUCGGCAAAGAACACGCAAAAUGGUCACCAGUUGCUACAGCCUAUUAUGCCAUGUUGCCACAAGUAGAGUUGUUACAAGAUAUAUUGGAUGAAGAUGCUCGUCGAUUGAUACAAAAAUGUCCAAUGAAAGUAUUUGACUUGGAAGAUAUGGCUGAUAAGAAACAUUCUUAUGUAGAACAACAACAGCCAAUCUCUCAUGUUAUUGCUAAAGUAGUUGAACCUCGUCGAUGUACAUUGUGCCGUGAGUGUAUCCGAGAAGAAGUAUAGAAGGAACUGGUGCCAUUCCAACGG